UCUUGGAAGCUGCUUCUUCAUGGAAUUAUUCUUCUCUUUAGUGUAGAAAAUGUUCAUGGUUAAGUCAGUUGAUUUUUUUUUGGCUGUUAUGCAAGUGGCUUUCAGCCUUUGAAACAAUGGGAAAUCAUUCACAUUUUAAAAAUAACUACAAAAUCUUGGAUUAAACUUGAAAAUAGUGCUGAACAAAGAACAAAAUUGAUUUCUUUCUCAAGUAGUUCAUUGAGAAAAAUUUAGUGAGCCAGGAACCUCCUUCAUGUGUUUGUGCACACAUAUGAUGUUUUUUGUAGAUUUUUUAACCUAGAAUUUUGUAGUUUCAUCUUCUGUUUUGUGGAACCUUUCUCAGCUCAUUUUAUAUUGCUCAGUGUUAUGUGCAUAUAAAAUUUAUAGGCUGAUACUGUUUUUUAAAUAAGCUAGAGAAGCAGUUCUACUUUUCAGUCUAAUUAAUUUUAGAGAUGAACCACUACUUAUGGUAGUUUGCCAAUUAAUGGUAGAAUUAAACUCUUGUAACUGCUUUUCUGAUGCAAAAGCUUGUCUUUAAGAAAGAAAUAUACUGAAACAUUUUAACAACUAGGCAAGCUGCAUAAAAUAUUGCUCCAUCCGCCUAUGACUUGGUUGUAAAAUAAACAAGCUGCUCCAUCCUUUCAAAGGCUGCUUUUUGUCCACUUACAUAAAUGGGUUGUGGAUCUUACACAGAUCUCUGUUGCUCUUUGGCCAAGUGCCCUGUUUUUAGUGUUUCCUUUAGGUGGCUGUUGAAGACCCAUCUUCUUUUUUUUUUUUUUUAAUACCUUUACAGCAUACCAGACUCUCUUUGCAAGGUACAUAGCUACAUAAGCAGGCUGGCUGACUGACUCUGGGCUGGAAUUGAGUUCCUAGUUAGGUGCUCAUGUAGAAGAAGUCCACGUUAGUCUUUGAACUGAAUGCUGUACCUGCCUUGUAUUAGAUUGCACAUAGAUAACCUGACCAAGCUUUUUUUUCGAGCAUCUGUGUAUAUGUUCUUUUACAAAGCUGUGCUGUGCUACAGUGUUGCUCAUCUCCUGCUUGUGGUGUGCAGUCAUGACUUAUUAUGAAUGGCAGCUCUUGUGAGAAUUCCUGAAAAAAUAGGAAAAAUGUUUGCUCAUGUCCAUCAGUUAAAUUGUGGGCCUCAUAUAUGUUGGCUGAAUACUGUGAAAUAUGGUAGGAAAUUAGUACAGCAGAACUUGAUGCAAGAUAAUAUCAGAGGGACAGAUUAACAGCCCUAAUCUGUUUAUUUGACGUUUAUUUUACCCACUCAUUUUCACAUUGAUUUCAUUCACUCAUAUCCUCACACCCACACACUUGGAAGCAAUGAGAUGUUUUGUACAACACAGAGAGCUGGGAACUGCCUCAUAUGUCCUCAUCAUGGGUUCUUGAUUGGUGGUAAGAAUCUAGUUUCUGGAGAAACUUUUAAAAAUCCUUUAGGAGUGUUCUUUUUCUCUUCGUGUUGUGCUGAUGGGGAGAGGAAUGAUGCUUGUGACAUGCUGCAAAGUCACUGGCAGCCUCCUGUUGCUGGUGUGUGGGUCUUCCCUCAAAGACUGAUUUGCACUGAGGUUUAAUUGGAGCGUGGCCUUGUGUGUUGGGCAAAAACAGCAGGGUCCUCAGUCUGGCUGAGUAAAAAGGAUUCUUUGCCAUCCAUACAAACCAUUCUUUUAACUUGCUUUGCUGUUAUUUUCUGGUGCUUUCUCUUUCUGUGUUGACAGUCACGUUUCAUUCACUGCCAUCUUGAGUAUUUCUGUUACAAGUCUCUGCAGCACAGCUACACCCCAAGUGAUCUCUGUGGGGCAUCUCUAACACUUCUACCAUAACGGAUGUCUUUCAUGUUUACAGCAAUUUAUGCAUUUCUUCUGUUUUAGACUCCUUCAGAUGUAUAAUGAGCUACAGAAACGUUAUGUUAAAGAAACCAAAACAAACAAGGAGCAAAGCGAAGCAAUUAAAAAUCUCACUAUUAAAAUUAAUGAGCUAGAGCAUAAUCUUCAAGAGCAGAGGCAAAGAAUUGAGCAACUGGAAUGCAAAAAGGUUUCUUGGAAAACUAGUGCUGUUUCUGGAAAAAGAAGUCAAACCCCAGAGGGAGGAGUAACUUCUCACAGGGACAUUUCUGAAAAGAAGGAAUCCUGUUGCAGUAGAUAUUUAGAGCUAUUGUUGAAGGAGAUUAAAAAGCUGAAGAAAGAAAAUGGAAAGUUGUCUGCAGAAAAGAGAGCACUAAAAAAUGAGUUAGCUGGAUUAGACAAGGGUUUUUUUGAAGAGGUAGAAGAUCUAAAGCACGCUGUACAGGAAUCUGUGAAACUGAACAAUGAGUAUGAAAAGUGCUUGAAACAAAUAAGUGUAAUAUAUGGACUGCCUUUUACAGCACAUUUGUAACUACUGGGUAAUUUAAUGCCAAGUAGAGUGUCCACAUAUUUUUUAUACUUACUGUAGCAUUUAAAGUGGUACCACAGUUUGAUAAUGUUGUAGAUUCAGUAAUGGGAUCUCAAUAUGACAAGUGCUCAGAAAUGUUGUACUUUGUGACCUUGAUUUUUUUUGUUUAUAUGUUUUUAAAUAAACUGUGGUCUGCAUAACUUCAA